AUGAAUAGCAUUUGGAACAAGGAGAAGAACUUCGAUGACGAAUAUGAGGUGUACACAUCAGCUGCCCUCGCAGAUGCCGGCUUCCCGCACGGAAGCUUUGAACUCUUUGCAUUGCUAUCUGGUGGUGACUACAGUGCAGGUGUAAUGGAUUGCGGCCCUGCCAUCACUCAGGCCAUGGGGGAUGCCUUCACCGAAUUCCUUGUGGAAUGGCGGGUCGCUAUGCAAGACGAACUCAGGACAAACUCCCUAGGCCAGAUGAGUAGCCACCAGCCACAUGUUGCCGACAAUAUCCUUGACAAUUUUCCUGACUGA